ACAACUCCCUUUAAUCAGAAAGAAACCUUCUGUACCAGUACCAGGCUCAGGACAAACAGUUUCUGGCCACCAGGCUCUGUACUACAGCACCCUGCUGCAGACUCUGCAGACCUGUGACGAGGAGACGGUGGCAGUGGUGAGGGCAGGGGUCGUGGCCCGCUUGGGGCCCGACAUGGAGACCUUCCUCCAGCUCGUCCAGAACAAACCCUGUCCAUCCGGUUCUGACGCCAGCACCUACAGCAACCCGGCCAGUUGGAGGAACAUGCCCGUGUUCAACAUCCAGCCCGGCUUCAGAGGCAGGGACCCCACCCACCUGUUUGCCCGGAAGAGAUCCCUGGACAACCUGGAGAAGAGGGUUAACGCUGACAAAUAGAUAAAUGUUAACAGUUGAACACAGUGACGCAGCUGCUGAACGCUUUAGAUGGUGAGGUGGUCAUUAUGAAUAUUUUUGGAGCCCAUCCACAAACUUUUUAAUAUGAAUCUUAUCCUCUUGCAAACAUUUUGAACGGUACCACAAAUUAUUCCGAUUGUAAUUGAUAUUUAUUUUAAAUUAAUUUAUUAAGUUGUCCAGUUUUGGUUUAUUUAAAGAGAGGUAAAAGAAGCUGACGAGAUCUGAAGGUCCUUUCACGCUGGUCGUGGAGGUCUUUAUCAUCCCUUUUUGCUGGUCUGACAUAACUUUAUAAGCUAUAUAUUGUGUUUAAAAAUAAUAAUAAAGAGAUGAGCACCAAAAUAUGUAUUGUAGCAGAUUUGGCUGGUUUUGUUUUAGAAAUAAACUCUGUGAUGUGACUGA